AAUCCUACAGACCCGGGGGGGUCAGGUGAAGCCUGGGGGGAUUCUCUGGGGCUUUUCUCGCGAUAUCUCCGAGUCUGACGGGGUUGGAGACAGUCCCGCACCUGCAGUACGUGCGUGUGCGCGCCCCCUUUUUGGGACAGUGCGGGGCCGGGGACCGCCCCUUCCAUCCGCCCCCUCCCGCCCCGCGAGGCCAGCAGCGGCGCCGCCGGCCACGUCUCAGAACUCCGCACGGACACCGGCGCGCGCGCCGCAUCCCACGAGCCCGGAGACUGUACCCCGCGCGGACGGAGCUCUGAGACGGCGUGCUGGACCGAGCCCAGCGAAGGCCUGCUUCCUCCGCCAUGAGUUCCCGCUGUAAAGUCAGCUACCCCUCCCUGAUCGUGCUGGUGUUCCUGCAGGGCGUGGCGCUUCUGAUGUUCUACGGCUGGUACAUCCAGGUGAAGCCACAGACUCCGCCCCCCUCCCAGAGUAAAGUCCACGUGCUGCUGCUGUCGUCGUGGCGGUCCGGCUCCUCCUUCAUGGGUCAGGUGUUCAGCCAGCACCCGUCCGUCUUCUAUCUGAUGGAGCCGGCUUGGCACGUGUGGAGCUCCGCCCCCCGGGUGGGGGCGCGCUUCCUGCGGAUGGCGGUGCGAGACCUCAUCCAGAGGGUGUUCCAGUGCGACUUCUCGGUGAUGGACUCCUACAUGCCUGAGCAGCGCAACAUGUCCAAGAUCUUCAUGUGGAGCCACAGCCGGGCGCUGUGCUCGCCGCCGGCCUGCCCGCUCACGCCGCGCGGCCAAAUCAGCAACCAGACGCAGUGCUACCACACCUGCGACGCCCGCGGCCUGCAGAAGGUGGAGGACGCCUGCAACUCCUACAGCCACGUGGUGCUGAAGGAGGUGCGCUUCUUCGAGCUGGAGUCCCUGUACCCGCUGCUGAGAGACCCCACCCUGGACUUCCGCAUCGUCCACCUGGUGCGCGACCCGCGCGCCGUGGUGCGCUCCAAGGAGCAGUCGGCCGCCUCCUUCGUGAGAGACAACGCCAUCGUGCUGGAGCAGAGGAACGUGCCCGCCAGCGAGGUGCAGUUCCAGUCCAUCCAGGAGAUCUGCCGCAGCCACAUCCGCAUCAACGAGCGCGCCGUCCUCAAGCCGCCGCCCUUCCUGAAAGGACGCUACAAGUUGGUCCGCUUCGAGGACAUCGCCUUCAACCCGCUCAAGGAGAUCAAGGAGGUCUACGACUUCGUGGGUCUGCAGAUGACCCCCAAGCUGGAGGACUGGAUCGUCACCGUGACGCACGGAAAGGGCAGAGGCUCGGUGCGGGACGCCUUCGACAUCACGUCUCGGAACGCCAAAGCCGUGACGCAGGCCUGGCGCAAGGCGCUGCCGUUCAGCAAGGUGAAGAAGAUCCAGGACGCCUGCAAAGGAGCCAUGUCGCUGCUGGGCUACCGGACCGUGGACAGCGAGAAGGAGCAGAAGAACAUGGACAUGGACCUGCUGGUGCCGCAUGAGCCGUUCAAGUUCGACUGGGAGGCCGGCACCGAGGAGGCGGCCCGGAGUUAGAGAGAGUCCUUCCCAGCAUCCUCUGCUUCAGGACAGGAAGGACGGAGGACUGAGGCUCCUGCAGAACAUCUGUGGCAGGAAGUUUUACCACUGAUGACGGAGCGGCGCUCCUCAGCACUUUGUGGAGUUUGAAGGUUUUUGCACAUGUGAGGAAUCCAGACAAAGGAGAAGACAACAGCACCACCUUUCUUCUGCUUUCUCUCCAGUUUGAGUCCUGACCAGCAGACGUUUAACCCCCUGACCCCUGACUCCCUUUAGAUCACUCAUGACCCCCAGGAGAGGACGGAUCCGGUUUGAGUUUUACCGCUCAGAAACUCCUCGUGUGAGCCGCACUCUCAAACCAAAAGCUGUUCAAAUGUCGAUUUGAAAUGACAGACGUUCAGAAACGACUCACUGCGUCUCUAAACUGACAUGUUUGAGCUUUUCUGGCUGAACCACGAACCACGUCGGCUCAGUUUCCACCAGAAAGAUCAGUUCUCUGUGACGGCCACUAGAAAAGAAACAACAAAGAAAACUAUGAGAGUAAAGGUGAAAAUUAUUGGAGAAAAGACUGAAUUUAUGAGAUAAAACUCAAAUAUUUAUUAUUUUAAAAGUGCUCAUUUGAUUUAGAAAAAGUCAUUUAUUCUUUUUUAAUAAAUUUGCAGAUUCUGGAGCAGUUUGACGUCAUGCCGUUUCUCUAAUUCACAUGAAUUAGUUUUAUUAGAAAUCAGAAAGUUAAAUCGAUUUGAAUUGAUUUAAACUUAAUAGAUCAAUAAUUGAUUCAUGAAAGACAUAAAUCGACCUAACACAUAAAGUCAGCUAGCUUGAUGCUAACGUAUAAUGGGAUUUCCCAUAGGACGGCUAAUGCUAACACUCGGUCGACCUAAACAUUCAUUCUGACUAAAUGAACAUCUUUAUGGGAAUUUUCCAAACUCUUAAGGAAAUAUUUUUAAAGUAACUAUUUGUGGCCUACAACAUCGUCUUUCUUCUCCUGGAAUAAGGUGUAAUGCUGUCGAAUGAUCGCCACCUAGUGGUCAAACUGAAACGUCCUCCAGGAGAAGCAGAACAAUGUUUACUGUUAAUGAUCUGAACAUUUUAGUUAGAACUUCUUUAGAGAAUCAUGUAACUCUGGAUGAUACCACAUCUAACAACAACAUUUAACAAAUGUGUUUAAAUGUGUAAACUCAGAACUGAGUUGAAUUGAAGAAUUGAAAGAAUAGAAAAAAAUCAAAUCGAUUCAGGCUCUUGUGAAUCGAAUCAUUUGAGGAAAGUAUAACCGAUGCCCAGAAAAUCAGGACUGUUUACGGCAGAACGAACACUUUUUCAACCUUUUUCCGUCUAAUGAGCGACUUUACUCUCAUAUGUUGUUCUUGUGCGAGGCCUGCCCCCCACCCCCCAGCUGAAGGCUACAGGUAAACUCCUCCGAGGCUCCGGAGACGCUUCGUUUUCCCAGCUGUGAUGAGGCGCCGCUUUCCUUCCCUCCCAGCACAGUGGCGGCAUUCACGACUCGCAGGGCGCCGCCGCUGACGACCACUCGCCGCUCACUGGGUGGAAGGCGUGUCUGCAGACGCAGACUCUGCAGACACGCCUUCCGAGCUCAGACCAGACCAGAAUAAUCAUGGACAGAAAGAAUGAAGGAAGUUUUGGUUUCCAGGGAAUGUCCCUCUUCCAGAAGUCAGAUGAAGUUCUCACGAACGUAAAACAUUUUACCUCCAGGAGGUCGAACCCCUCGAGGGACGGCUGUUCAAUUCCUUAAAAACCAGCUCAGAAUCUACCAGUUUGAAUCCAGACGGACUUGAAGUUAUAAUGUGGAGCUCCUCAGAGGAACGUUUGGUUUACUGGAUUUAAAGGUUUCUGUCAGAAAAACAACAAUGUUCCCGCUCCGGAAAGGCGUUUUACAGAAAACCUGCUCUGUUACAUUCUUUCUUACAUAUUUAUCCUCUAAGUUUUAAUUUAAUGAAAUGAAUUGAUGAUUGAAAUGUGUCUAACAGGUAGAAUGGAAUGUAUUUAAUCAGCAAAGACAUUCUUGAUGUGAAGAACUUGAUAUUAAUGUUUAUUAUUGAUGAGGAGUUGAAGGUACGGAUUCAUGGAAAGCAGAUUUGAUUUUGAUCAAACUCCAGUGGAGGUUCUGGUUCUGGUGUUCAUCUUAGAUGCUGUUUUAAGCAGCAUCUGUCUGUCUGACUGUCUGUCUGUCUGUCUGUCUGUCUGUCUGUCUGACAAAGUGAAAUAUUUCCUUGUUUUAUUGUAGACAGGAAGUUUAGCUUGUUAAAUGUAGGAAAUACAUUUUGUUUGUAAAUGUGACAGAGACACAGACAACAGCGUUUGCUGCAUCAGAGGUUGUAGAUUGAGAGAGUGGAUUGAAAGAUCUUCUUUGUCUCUGAUCCGGAUCAGAAUCCUCCAUUUGGUUUUAUUUUAUCUUGUUUUUGUAUUUUGUUUUCCACGUCUCCGUCCUGGUUAACCGGGAUCAGAUGUUUGGUUUGAGACGUUGACAGGAGAGUUGAACACAUGGUACUAAUAUGAAACUCCUUCAUGUGAGGCGCUUUAUGACAUCACAAUAUCAGACUCGGAUCAUUUUAUCCGUCAGAUUAAGUCUGUGAUUGAAGAUGAAGACGAGAUUCAGGAAAUUGCAGCAUCAAAGUACUUUCAUGAUCCAAACUCGGCCUCAAGUCCCUGAAGGUGUGAGGGACGCUGGUGCACAGCUCCACGCUCAGCUGCUGCAGUGGAUGAAGUUUCAUUGAUCUGAGCUUCAUUCUUUCUGCUAAAACGUGACGUCUCUGCUCUUACAUUUUAUUUUGAAAGGACUGUAAGGGAAGUUUUCUGCAGCUCAAAGUUUCUGAUGACGGUUUUAGAACAAAGUGAGAUCGGGGACUUUUGGUUUUAUUUAAAUAACGCAUGUGCCUUUAAAAGUUUGAGCUCGUCGGCAAAACGUCAGCAAGACUAAAAAACAACAAACGUUUUCAUUCAGUCCAGAGACACCGGCGUGUAAAUCCUCCGUUUUUACACGUAAACCUUCAUGAGGGGAUUCUGUGUUUCCUGUUGUGUCAGCGUGAGCUGGACGAGGGUUCGUCCUAGAACUGCUGCUUUGAGGAGGGAGGGGUCACGGUUUAUGUUGAAUCAACUUUUCAUUUUAAUCACCGGUGCAGAUCAUUAAAAUGGGGCUGUGAUUUUGAGUUUGGGUCCGAAUUUGUAGGUUUUAAAUUAUUUGGUACUAAAAGAAACUGUUGAUGACAUUAACUCUGUUCGGGCGCCACCUGCUGGCUGAAUGUAUAUUUGUAAUGAAGGAAUUUGCUGAUUUUUACAAAUAUUUUAAUAAAAAAUGAACCUCA